UCAGCAAGCUGUCACCAUACCGGUGUCGCUCCACCCGCCGGCUGUUGCUGUAACACACGUCGUUGGUGCCCCAGCUGAUAUCAACGUUAUUUCAGAAAAUGGCCAAAAAGCGGAGAGAAAGACGAGAGACCGACGGUUUGUCCUCGGCACAGGAGGAGGUGAAGGCGAAUGCUAAUGAUUCACAGGGACUGAAAGAGGCUCAGCAUAUUGCAGGGGGCUCAGCACGUAUGUCUCUGCUGAUUCUGGUCUCUAUAUUCACCUGUGCUGCCUCAGUCAUGUACCUGGUCUACAGGAACUUCCCAGAGCUUCCAGAUGAUGAAAUGGAGAAAAUCAAGAUCCCUAAAGACAUGGAUGAUGCCAAAGCUUUAGGAACUGUGCUGUCCAAAUACAAAGACACAUAUUACACCCAAGUGUUGGUGGCCUACUUCGCGACAUAUGUUUUCCUGCAGACAUUUGCAAUCCCUGGAUCGAUCUUCCUCAGCAUCCUGUCUGGGUAUCUUUACCCUUUCCCCUUGGCUCUUUUCUUAGUCUGCUUGUGCUCUGGUCUGGGUGCUUCCUUUUGCUAUCUGCUGUCAUAUCUGGUGGGCAGACCCAUGGUCUACAAAUAUCUCUCAGAAAGAGCACAGAAAUGGUCGCAGCAGGUUGACAAACAUAGAGAUCAUUUAAUCAACUACAUCAUCUUCCUGAGGAUAACCCCCUUUCUUCCCAACUGGUUCAUCAAUAUCACCUCACCUGUCAUCAAUGUGCCUUUGGGGGUUUUCUUCAUUGGUACCUUUCUCGGAGUGGCACCGCCAUCCUUUGUAGCAAUCAAUGCAGGCACAACACUGUACAAACUGACCACAGCCGGCGAGGCUGUGUCCUGGAACUCUCUGGCUGUGCUCGGUGUACUUGCUGUGCUCUCCAUCUUGCCGGUCUGCUUCCAGAAAAAGCUGCAGAAGAAACUAGAGUAGGACGCCAAAAACCUCAGCACCUCAUCUGCUGGCUGAUCCCGACAUCCCCUUCCCUCGGCUCAGGAACAUGCAGCUGUCAUUCAAGUUGCUCUGCCUCAGUCUCAUACACAGCUGCUGGUGGGAGAGUCUCUGCCCACCGCCUCAACAAGCAACUCACUGACCACAGAACGCAUGCAGUGGUGGGUUGUUCCUGAUGAGGUAUAAACUGGCCGCUGCUGGCACAUGUUUUUUGGUUUCUCUGAAUUCUGUUGUUUAUUGUGGCUCAUCUUGUAAAUAAGAGAAAUUGUUUUUUUUUUGUUUUAAUUUAAGGCACUGCUCAUUAUUGUAUGAUUCUUGACAGACAUUUAAAGGUGCUACUUCUAGGAUGUUAAAGUAAAACAAUCUGAUGAUUGGAUUUAAAAAAAGAAAAUGCAGGAACCAGUUGCUCCAUAUGGCCUGCUUUCUGUUGGGGAAACUGUUUCUCUUUUCUUGGCAGUAACUGUUUCCUGUAUGAAACCGCUUGCAAACAUCUUUUUUGUUUAUUUACUGGAACAACCUUUACCAUUUCUCUUCCUUUGGCAGUAGCAUAACAAUUACUACAUCCUGUUUGUAGCACCUUUAACAGUCCAGUGUGUAGGAUUUGGGAGAUUUAUUGGCAGGAAUGGAAUAUGGUGCUCAUAAUUAUGUUUUCAUUAGUGUGUAAUGACCUGAAAAUAAGAAUCGUUGUGUUUUUGUUACCUUAGAAUGAGCCCUUUAUAUCAUUAGAAGGACCGGGUCCUCUUCCACAGAGUCCUCCAUGUUGCACUGCCAUGUUUCUACAGUAGUCCAGAACGAACAAACCUAAUGCUGGCUCGACAGAGGGCCUUUCACAAGCUUUGUUGUCACGGUAGGUUCUUCUAGACACUUGGUAAGGGAGGGGUAAGGUGAGUAGUGUUCAGCUGGUUGCCAUCUGUUACAUCACCACUAGAUACCACUAAAUCCUACACACUGGUCCUUUAAGUUCCACUCGCUUUAUAUUAUUUAUUUUAACAUGCUUGUGUCAUACUUGUUCAACCCUAAUGAAGUGUACCACCACAGCAAUAACUGUCACACUACUGUUGAAAGUGGAUUUUAGUUUUUAAAAAUUACAUUUUGAUACCUGGAGCUUGCCUUGGCAAAGAUGUGCAGUGAGAGGAAAGAAUGAACCUGGCAAAUGCGUCUUAUGUUGAUAUGUGGGUGAGUUCCCAUGUUCUUCCUCGAAAGGUGCCUGUGUUCACUGCCAUACAAUAACCCCUUUUAUUUUCACCCAUUUCUGUUCAUAUUAGUUGCCUAAAGCAGCUAUUUGCACUGUAACUUGUAAAGAACAGACUUAGCUGGUGUAAUGUUUUCUCACAGUACAACUUAUUUAUCGCUUAUUUAUUUAAGAUGCAUGAAAACCAGAAAAGUUAAAAGCCAGACAGGAUCAUCUUGGCUUGUAAAUUUGAUAAAUCCAAGGAUGGGUUCUCAAAAUUUGUAUAUGGAGGUAUUGUAAUUCUCGGUGUGUACACAGAUUGGGUGCCCGUGUCUACCCUAUUAUAAAGUUUGCUAUUCCAGUAUAGAACUGGACAUACCAUGGAUGAUACACCAGUGUCUUCAAUGCGACUGCCAAUGGCCUGAGGUAUCCAAGCCUUAUCUUUCUUUUUACUGCUUCCAUUCUUCACCAGGAGAUACUAUGAUGCCUGAUUUAUGUUGCUAUUUUGUGUUCUUGAAAUUAUUUUAAGUGGCUGAUUAUGUCUUGUGCUAUGAAAUCUUUCUGAUUUUCUUUUUCAUUUAGAUAUGUUUUGGGUUUUUUUUUUUUUUUGUUUUGUUCUUUUUGCCUGUGUACCAAGGUAACUUGUUGCUGUUUAAAAACUCUAAACAGUUAUCAGAGACGUUGAUGCAGUGAAUGUACAUGCAGGAAACUUCUUCAACAGACUUUUCUUUAAUCUCUUAAAAUUGCACAUAAAAGAGGCAGUCAAUUCAGUGCAUUUUAGGUUUCCUGUUUUUACUUUAAUGUCUUAUUCAAUAGAUUUACAGUCAAUUUAUGUGACAUUUGAGUGGUUCUACUGUAUGAGGAUGCUAAUGUCUGGGCAUAUGCUCUCAUUUUUUGUAGCAGGAAGCAACGCUACUUCAGUCAAGUACAGCUGAGUUGGUUUUUACUGUUCGUACUGGUUUAUGAGAGAGCUGUGUUUGUACACUUGAUUGUUGUUUUGGAAAAUGCAUCUUCCAAGGUGGUAAUGUCAAGUGGUGAAUGCUAUAAACUGGUCCUAAAAAUGUAUUUUUUGUCCUAAUAUGUAAAUAGAACUUCUUGGAAGUUCUCCAUAAUACUAAAUCUGCCAAGAUGAUAGAUUCUAAUUGAUUUUUUUUCUAUUUCCUAACAUAUUUAAACCUAAACCUAUUCUAACCUUCAGGCUGAACAUAUUCAAAUUGGAUAUAUUAUUGCUGUUUAUUUUGUCCAGUUACCUAUCAAAGACAUAGCGAGAUCAUUCUUGUGUAACUUCUGGUAACAUUUCAAGAAGCAGUAUUAUUUUGUACUGAGCAGUGAUGUAUUGCAGUAUGAAGUGUUUACAGAUUGCAAAUUUCUGUUCUAUCUAAUCAAAUUUCUGUUUUUUAAUAUUUAUUGAUUCAUUAAAAUUAUCUUUACACAAUGUGA